AUGGCAUCUGAGUUCAUCGGCUACACCAUAUUGGUCACUCUGCAGAACCCGCGCAAUGCUCAGAUCCAGGGUGUGGUGGCCAACGUCGUAAACCAGAAACUGUUCCUCGAGAAUGUAUUACUCUUGUGGAAUGGCCAGCGACUCUCUUCUUACGCCGUUGAUUCCUCCGCCAUCGCUGAUCUCGAAGUCUCGCCCACUCAAGCAUCUGCUGUCGAAGAGGAGGAAUUACCUACACCCGUGGCGGUCGCACAGCCUGAUCCUGGCCCUUAUCCUACGAUUCCUCCAUCACAACAGAACACAGCGGCGUUUGUUGACCCCGCUAUCAUCAGUUACACCAAACCUUCUGCCAAAGAUGCCCCUCCUCCGAUCCACCAGGUUCAACCCGUGUCUCCUAUUAUGAUAGCCGACGGCGCCGUAAGCAGUCCUUCAACGCGAUGGCCGAGAAAUGGAACUCUGGGAAGCAGUUCUGUUUCUAGCAUUGCCACGGCCGUUCCGAAGAAGUCGGAAAUGCCCAGCACCUCGGCCAGUGCGACUCUGACCGAACCAUUUGACGCAUUACGUCUGGGAAACCAUGUGGCGGAGGAAAAGAACAAUGAGCCUCGGACUCGGGAUACGCCGUCACAGACCGGACCUGGAAUCAUUGACAUGAAAGAUGUCAACCAUGGGCCGUUGAAAACUCAAAAGAAGUCGGGAAAGGGGAAAGGAUGGCGUCAGACACCAUUGAUCGAAGAGGUUCCACGACCAAACAAGAAAAGGGGCCAGAGAGGCCGAAAAGCUGCUGACGAUGUGAAUGGAUGGGCGACCGAAGAUGCCACAGACAUUCAAGACAUGGGGGAUUUUGACUUUGAAACCAAUUUGUCCAAAUUCGACAAGCGACGCAUCUUUGAUGAUAUUCGGCAAGCAGACACCACCGCUGAUUCCGAUCGACUGGUCAGUUUGAAUCGAAAAGCACGGCCAGGGACUAACGGUGGACGCAAUCUUCAUUUUACCGAGAAUGUUCUUGAUCCGGUCGAUGGAAAGGACAAGGACAGGUGGAAAAGUGAAGCGGGCGAGACCGAGGAUGAAUUGAGGGGGGGACAUUAUAGCAGUGGAAGAGGAUCGCGACGAGCCGGUUCUCGACGACCUCUGGCAUCGCGAAAAGGAAGUAUCAUUCCCGGGCAUAUCGAUCGAACAGAAUCGCCGCGACCGCUAACCCGAAUGCAAACGGCAUCACCACUUAAUGAAUCCGUGUCGGGAAAUCGAGCCUCUUUCAAACUUCAAAACAAUAAACCUUGUCAUUGUUUAUCACCACUACAAAUGUUGGAGAUUGAACAACUGUGCAUUUCUGAACUGGGACUGACGGAAGAUAUGCUUUCGGAAAAUGCUGGCCGAAGUAUCGCGAUGGCGGUUCUCAAAAUUCCUGAAGUCAGAAAUGUACUUUUCCUGGUUGGCAAUCACAAAUCCGGUGCUCGAGCCGUUGCCGCAGCCCGGCAUUUACGCAACCGACGGUUAAGGGUUACCAUUGUUAUUCUGGGAGGGGAACGGGAAGAGCUCCUUCUUGAGGUGAUGCGCAAGCAACUGGGAAUCUACAAAAAGGGACACGGUUAUGUGGACCGAUGGGACGAAUAUCAGUCGAAAUCAUCAGGAGGAGGAGGACCUUCUCCCGAUGUGGUGGUGGACGCAUUGCUCGGCAUGCAUGUGACAUUCGAAGAAUUACGAACUGACGACCAAGCCACCGUGUUGGAGAUGAUUCGAUGGGCCAAUCGAAAUUCUCUGGUCUUGUCCAUUGAUAUCCCCAGUGGGUUGUCCGCCACUUCAGGGUUGUUGACAGAGGUGGAUGGUCAGGCUUUGGUCAUGGCCAGCAAACAUGUCAUCAGCUUGGGGGCGCCGAAAAGGGGAUUGCUCCAUGCCAUGGCGAUGGAUGCAAUGGAAACUCCCUGGCAAGUGUGGGUUGCAGACAUUGGGAUUUCAGCAGCGGCGUGGCAAAAACAUGGAUCCAGACGAAAACACGGGGUUGAUUUUGGGAGUGAUUGGGUGGUGCCGGUCAAGUUUGCGUUGGGACCACAAGGCUGA